CAGUUGAUCGGGAGUCAAAACAAAUAGAAAUGUCGUUUAAUAUAAUGCAAAAACUCUCCUUACAGUGUCUUAAGGCUGACCAACCAUUGCUAACAACGAUACGAAAUGCCAGCAAGAAAACCGGCGGCAGCACGCGUAACAAAAAGGGGCAUCCACGUCCAAAACAUCGUGGAUGGCGAGUUCUUGACGGCCACUACGUUUCCCAUGGCACCAUUUUGGCCACGCAACUGACGACGCGCUUUCAUCCCGGCCUAAAUGUUGGCUUUGGACGCAAUGGCACUUUGUUUGCUAUGGAGCAUGGCAGAGUUAUUAUUAGCUGUGAGCCUAUCGAUCCGAACUGGGAUCACACCUGGAUCCAGCGCAACUAUGCCGGCCGACAGGAUCAAAUUAUUUAUAAAAAAUUUUUCAAUGUUAUUCCAGAGACGCAGCAUCAACUCUUUCGUCUUGUCGAAGAAAUCUAAUUUGUUACAAAUAAGCUAAAUCGAUUCGAUUUCAUGUAUAUCGAUAUUUCUUGCACUAGAUUUUCAUCUAUAUCGCCAGCACUAAUUAAUUAAUAAACAAACAAGUCUAACUUUUCAAACCAACAGAAAAUAUUUGUAUACACAAAUUGAGAAUUGUUAAAAUUGGCAAAAAAUCUACCUAAAUGCAACUGCGAUGCGAUAACUUAUUUCGACUUCCAGUGCUGAAAAACUGUUUAUCUUUUCACAAUUCACUUUCCCUUGAUGCUGCAGCUGCAACGGAGGUAUCAGAAAUGUUGUGCUUCUUGUAAGUGAAUAUAGCAUAAUAAAUCACAGAUAUAUACCUUAAAGUCUCAAAUAAACACAGCAAGGUUUACAAUAAGUAAUCCUCUACCUAAAUGCAUUUUAUUAAGGUAAAUUGGCCUACUUAUAAGAAGAAGAUACUGCAUCCUUGAGCUAUUCAGUCAGUGGUUGACUGUCCUGGCAUUAACAUGGCACUCAGAAAAAAAUGGCAAAAUCGUCGCAAGUGGAAUUCGGAAGACUGCGAAAAGAUAUUGGAUUACAUUCGAGAGCAUCCGUUCGAGCAACCCAACGGUGUUAUCUACUAUAAGACGAUGAACCAAUACCUGGGACUGACGUCAAGUCAGAUAGAGUUGCGCAAUAAGGUGAACAGCAUGUUAUCAGGAUACCAAAAGGCGAAAGACUUAAUAUCGGCCAAGCGAGAUUUUCCCCUGAAGGAAGUGCUGAAAGUCAGUCCCUAUUACAGACAGUUGCAUGAUCUUUUCAAGAACACCAGCCGCAAGCGUCGAAGGAGCACAAUAUAUCAAAGGAUCGGCAACAUAUCGGUUAGUCCAAAUACAACGGAAACAGUUGAAGCAAUGUCAUCUGACUUGGCUGACAACAUGUCCGAAUGCUGUUCAGCCUCAAACACAGUUUUUGUUCAAUUGCCCACAUCGACGGAUGCCGAAGCCCCUGACAAAAUACGUCUUAUGCCAUUUAUAAUCAAAGAUGAAUUAAUCAGCGCUAAUCAAGCAAUGAGUGCGUCGCCAAAUGAGCAUACUUUUAGCAAACCAGACGAGGAAAACAAUCCACAUCCAGCUGAAGUGAUUCCUUCGCAGUCCGGCAGAGCAACCAGCAUCGCCGAUGACUUCGGAUGCGAGAAUAAUGAUAUUAAUGUUUCCUCAACUGCUCCCACGUCAACUGAAGUUGAGGAGCCGAACGAAGACAGGCUGGUCGCAGAUCCAGCGAUAAUUGAUCCACCAAAAAAGGCAACGUCUGAGCACGACUUGAAAUUAAUGGAGCUUCGACUGCGCGAAAGAGAAUUGGAUCUGAGACUCUUUGAGAUAGAUUCAAACGAACGUUUGACGCGUCUUAAAUUGGAAUCGAAGGAACGCAUUGCAAUGCGAAAACUAAAUCUUAAAUAUGCUAAGAACUAAAUAAUUUCAAAUGACUAUAAUGUUAACAAAUUGCCGCUAAGGCCGAAUUAUAACAAUUAUCUAAUG